GCGAACAUAAGACCCGACUUGCGGAUCACUGUUGUGACCGCGAACUUCAAUUUAGAAUGAACGUCUUUGUUACCAAUCAAUUGGGGUCAACCACACUCCAAAGACAGGGAACUCGUCCUAGAAUGAAACGGAAGCGGAGACUAUCACCUAAUAGCGCUCAGGGGUGGACGCCACCAUUGAGCAACUCUCAGAGCAGCGAUAACCUAUCCAAUGACUGUCAACUGGGCCUGGUCUCGAUAGUUCAGGCUGUCCACAACGCGAACGUUCAGUAUAAAUCUAUUGUCGAUGAAUAUUUGCGAUGGCGAAAUAAGUUACGGACCCAGUCUAGCUCCAACCGGAACUCGACGAGAUUCAGCAACGACGAUCUCCAAACCUUGGACGAAGUUAUGAAAGCCUACCUCUCAUUAGAUCAGCCUGUUGCUUGGCAACUACUGGUAAACUUGGGCGAAAAGUCUUAUAUCGAUAUAUGGAAACGGGCUGCAGAGAACAUGGCGUAUUUGAAGAGUCUCUCGAAGCACCAGACACCGAAACACCUGGGAAGGGCGAGGAACCGAGCCGUCGAUCUUAAGAAUUGCCGAGUCACGGUAGAGAGUAGCUUCAAACUUGUAGAAAAGGAGCUUCGGGCUGCUGGGUUCGAUCAUUACUGCGAAGCUAUUCUCGCGAAGAAAGAUAUGCUCUUGAAGUACGAGGAAGCAUACCCCAUAUUACCGGAGUCUCGCCCAGUGCCAGAGAUCCAUCGGGAAUCACCACUUACCUUUCAGAUGUCGACCCUCAUUUUCAUCGUCUUUAUAGUGGUAGCGAUAAGUAUCAUCCCCAUGGCUAUAGCCUGGUCUAAAUCAACCAAUACGCCAGGCUCUACCGGAGAUUCGGACUUCUGGGUGCAAGUCCAAAACGCGAUAUUACAAGUUCUAGGCCUCUCUACGACCAUGCUUGUCGCUCACCAGAGGCUAUUAAACGACAAAACUGCUUGGAAUUAUGCUUGUUACUUUACUAUCGCUGGUGUUAUAUGCUCCAUUCUUGCGAUACCGGUGUAUUUACUUGUGCCGACUAUAUGGUCUUCUUUCUCAUCCUUCCUCUCAACUAUUAUGCAGAGUGGAGCGACGCUCCAACUAGCUCUAAUAGCGGCGAUGCCUAAGCAAAAGCAGCUCUGAAGGGAACCCGGAUUUUGCUCCUGGUAUUAUAUAGGCCUCAUCUCUACGCCGGCUUCAGAGGAAUUAUAGUGGGACGAGAUAGGGGUUAAGCCAUUAGCAUAACAAAUGAAAGAUAAUGAUCAUUAACUUUUAACUUAGGUAACUAGGUAGUUAUAA